AUGGGCAGCCUCAAGUCGCGGGUCGAGGCGCCUAGAAACCCAUAUUUCAGCAUCCCAGAGCCGUUCGUCGCGGGCACCGCGGGCGUCGGCAGAGUCGUCGAGAGCGACACGUUCAAGAAGGGCCAGCUCGUGUACCUGGACCCUGCGGUGUGGUCGCGAGACGGCCCUGAGCACUACCUCGUCAAGUCUGUGGGCGACGGCGCCACGCCGGAGUCCAAGGCGCUCUCGGCAGAGGAGUACAAGAGAAACGGCUACUUGUUGCAGUACGCGCUGGUGGACAUCGAGAGCUGCUACCCGGUCAACGAGGACGCCAUCUCGUUCGACACGGACCUGAUUGCGGGCCUGACCUUCCCGCUUGUGGCGUACGGCGGCUUCCGCGAGAUCGGCCUCAAGCCGGGAGACACCGUGGCCAUCGGCCCUAGCACGGGCCGGUUCAGCAGCGGCGCGGUCUCGGUGGCGGCCUCGAUGGGCGCCAAGGUCCUGGCGCUCGG